AUGAAAGAUUAGGAAGCUAUUCAAGCGAUCAUAAUUUCAUCCCCAUUUCUUAGGACAAUUUAGACUUCAUUUGCAAUUGCAAAACACUUAAAAAAAGUUUAUUAAAAUACAGUUUUUUUGCAAGAAGAUGUUUGUGAAUGGCUUUCUGUACACGAUUAUUAAAAUUUCCCUUUAGAUACAAUAUUGUAUCGCUCAAGACAAACUGAAAUGAAUAAAUAUAUAGAUGAAAGUCUCUUUGAAAUUAAAUGGAAUUUUUUUUAACCUAAAAAACGCCCACGCUUUCCAGAAAUUCCAGCUCGUGCUGAUGAAAGGAUAGCAUUAGGUAUGGAAUUGAUGAAAGAAAAGUAUUUUUAAGAGUUUGAUCCCAAAAAAUAUGUAGUCAUUUAUAUAACUCAUUAAUAUACGCUUUAGAGUAGCAUGCUAACUUAUGGAACAAAAGAGGUUGCUGAAAAUUGUGAUUUUUGUGCUGUUUUAUAGGUCUUGUAUCCAAAAGCAUCUGAAUAGAAUUUUGAUUAAUAGGAAAUACUAAUUAAAGGAACUAAUGAUCAUAUAAAGCACUUACUAUGA